AUGGGUAAUACAAACUCAGUAACAACAGGAGGAGGAGUUGGAGGAACACAAGAUGCAGCAGCAUCAUUGACAUUCUCACCAACAGCAGACACUAUAGAGAUUAGUGAUAGGUUUCUUGUAGCCUUUCCAGAAGGUCUCAAACAACUAAAGUUGUUAAAGAUAUUGUGUCUAUCAAGAAACAAGAUUGCAAAGUUGGAUGGUAUCUCUGCUAUGGAAUUACUAGAGGAUUUAGAUAUCUCUUAUAAUAGUUUAAUUGUAUUAUCUGGUAACUAUCAAUCUAAAUAUAAAUAUAAUAUAAAUUAUGAACUAUUUCAAGUAAAGAAACUUGUAAAGUUGAAUGUAUCAUUUAACCAAAUCAAUCAGUUCCCAUCGACAGUACACCAAUUGGCAUUCUUGACAACACUCAAUCUAUCUAAUAACCAAAUACCAUCUAUGCAUACUUUCAUAGGUCUCGCCAAAUCUUUAAAUAUCUUGAAUUUAUCUUUUAACAAAACAUUGCCUGGUGAUAUUGGAAAGUUGGAUCGAUUGACAUUGUUGGAUCUGGCAGAGAAUGAGUUGCAGUCGUUACCCAACCAAUUGGGACAAUGCAAAGCGUUGACCAAGUUGUAUUUGGACAAUAAUGACUUUUUGGAACUGAUCAAUGAGGUGGGUCAGUUGGAACAGCUGCGUGAACUCAAUUUACGUAGUAACCAGCUGGUUGACCUGCCAUCGUCGAUGCAGCGAUUAAAGAGACUCAGUAUCCUCGAUUUAGAGGACAAUCAAUGGGAGAAUGAAAACUACCAGUCUGAUGACAUUGCAAAACUGCUGCAGUUCCUUAGUAGCAAGCGCGAUGUGGUCAACAAGGCACGCAAGUCGACUAGUAAAGAGUACCGUCGUACCAUCACACGUCAAAAGAUCGAGGAGAAGAAGCGUGCGUCGGUAAGCUCGUUGUUUGAGCCAGUCUUUCACAUGGUCGCUUUUAAAAACACGUUGUACCGUGUCAAGGGCAAGAACAUGAUCAUCUGCCGCAAGAUGACGUUGGAUGUCAAGAAUGUGGCACAAGACGACGUCUUUUUGUUGGUUUGCGAACGUCGUAUCUUUGUUUAUAUUGGUGCGCAGUCAAGUCUGCGUGAACGUCUCAAAGGGCUGCAUUUGGCACACCAACUCGCUCAACUGGACGAACAGUACAAGAACAACGAGGUGGUGUCGAUUGAACUCGGCAAAUCGCGUCGUGAAGACAUUACCGAGUUUUGGAAGGAGAUUGGGUGUGCUAGUGGCAAGCAGCCGACCAACAUCCCACGCUCGAUCGAGGACGAUGAGAGUGCCGAGGAGAUGGCGAUUCUCAACACCAAGAUGUUUCGUUUCUCAGAGGGUGAUGGCGGACGUAUCGACAUUCAAGUGUUUGCCGGUGAGAUACUGUACAAGAGUAUGUUGGAUAGCAGCAGUUGUGCCAUUCUCGAUAGUGGUACCGAUAUUUUUGUGUGGUCGGGUAUCUACUCGUCGUCGAAUGAAAAGUCGUGGUCGAUGCUCAAGGCUGAGGAGCUCAUGGGCCGAAACAAUCGUCACGACCAGUACGAGCUGCACUGGGUGCUCGACGGCAUGGAAUCGAUCAUGUUCAAGGAGAUGUUUGUCGAUUGGGCCGACGCCUCUUGGGAUCCAGAGUACAAGCUAGCACUCCAAAAACAACAGGAAAUCGACGAACAACAACGUGCUGAAGCUGAACGUGAAAAGCGUAGAAUGGAAAUGGAAGAAUUAGAAGAAGAAGAAAGACAAUAUAAAUUACAAAAACAACAAUCUGUAGUAUCGGUUCAACAACCUCAACAAACUCAACAAGUAGCUAAUGUUACACCAGUUUCUACUUCAGUGAUUUCUUCGGCUCCAAAUAGUGCCAUUUCUACUCCUUCAGGAACUACACCAUCGUCACCAGUGAUUGAUACACGAUCAGAAAGAGAUAAGGCAAAGGAAAGAGAAAAGGAAAAGAUUAGAGAAAAGCUUAAACAAAGAGAAUCUAGUUCUGGUAAAUUACCAAUCCCUUCCACUUCCACCUCUUCAACUGUCACCUUACCAACUAUACCAAAACAAAAUGAUAAUCAACAGUUACCACCUUCAUCCUUUUCAACUAUUUUAUUACCUCCUAUUGGUAAACCAGCUGCUACUACGACUACUCCAGCAACAGUAGUAGUCCAACCAACUCAACAACCAUCUGUACAACAAUAUACUUUACCAUCAUUACCUACUAUUCCAAAGACUACUACUACCACAACUACACAACCACCAUCUAUUGUAACUUUACCAUCUAUUCCAAAACCAACACCUGUUACUCCAACUGUUACUACUACGUUGCCAUCAAUACCAAAGACAGUUCCAGUUGUUCCACCUACUCAACCAACAACUACUACUACUACUGUUAAACCAGCUGCAGUUACUACUACUACUACAACUCCAGUUGUUACACCAGUUCAACCAACUACUGUUAAACCAGCAGCAACUACAACAGUAACAAAAGAAUUACCAAAAAUUGUUCAACCAGUUAGUGUUUCAAUUUCAAAUCAAACUCCAACAUCACAAAAUAUUACACCAAUUUCAACAACUCCAACUAUUGUUUCGGUGCCAUCAACACCAUCAAUUAUACCAGAACAAUCAACUAGUUCUGGAUUGAUUGCACCACUUCCAGAAAAGGCAGAUACUAGUAGAGCUAGAAAGGCUCCAACCAAGAAUCCAAUUAGAGCUCGUCAAGAACGUGCUGCUUUGGAAGAGGAAGCAGCCAAAGCAAGACAACAAGAACAAGAAAAGGCAAAUGCUGCAUCUGGUUCUACUAUUCAAGCUCAAUCAAAGACCAACAAGGCUACAGCUCAAGUAGGUGGAUUCGGUCUGCUUUACAGUUUGGGUGCCGACGAAGCUAUCUUUAGACAAAGAAAAGAAAAAAGUGAACAACAACAACCUGCUCCAUUGUCUGUCAAUCUGCAACCAAAGGAUCAACCAAAACUUUUACAUAUCAAAGGUAGAAGAUCUCCUUUUGUUAGACAGGUUGAAUUGACCUAUCUCUCGUUAAACUCAGGUGAUGUAUUUAUUUUGGAUUGUGGUAAAGAGUUGAAUCUUAUCUAUCAAUGGAAUGGAAAGGAUGCAAACCGUAUUGAAAAGGGUAAGGGUAUGGAUAUUGCAAAGAGUAUCAAGGACAAGGAACGUGUUGGGUGUCGUGUGGUCAUUGUUGACGAUGGAAAAGAGACUGACGACUUUUGGAAGGUACUUGGUGGUCGCGGAGAGAUUGCCUCUGCCGACUCGGCUGGCGAUGAUCGUGAAGCCGAGUUGGGUAUUCGCAAACACAUAAACUUGUACAGAGUUGUAAUGGACGAGAAUGCCCCUGCAACAGCUGAAAAUCUUGGUAUUGAUCUCGUGCCGAUGGACGGACGGUUGACCAAGAACAUGUUGGAGGGCAACGAGUGCUAUAUCUUGGACUGCGUGUCUGAGAUGUUUGUGUGGACUGGCAGUGCCAGCAAACUCAAAGUGCGUAAUGCUUCGCUCAAGCUCGGUAGCAAUAUGUUAGAGUCGCGUCGCAGCAGCAUCUGGGUGGCACAUUGUCACCGUGAGUUCCCCGGCUCGGAGCAGGUGUUGUUUAAAGAGCGUUUCCCCGAUUGGGGAGGCAGUCUCCCUAUUUCGGUGCAACAGGCGCCGGUCGGCGUCAACACGGCAUCGCGCAAGCAACAGGACAAAAUCGAUGUGAGCAAGAUGUUGGCAGGCAAGGCUGAAAAGGAGGAGGUCAUGAUCGACGACGGUCGCUCACCCCGUCUCCAAAUUUGGCGUGUCGAAGACUUUACCAAAGUUGCCAUUGACCCUAGUCAACACGGCCAAUUUUACAGCGGCGACAGUUACCUCAUUCUCUACACCUACACGUACAAGAACAAGGACAACUUCCUCAUCUACUUUUGGCAAGGCAAGAACAGCUCGAUCAAUGAAAAGGGAACGAGUGCGUUGUUGACCAUGGAACUCGACGACACGCUCAAAGGUAUGGCCAAGGAAAUCAGAGUCGUGCAGAAUAAAGAGCCACGCCAUUUCCUUUCUAUUUUCAACGGGCGUUUGGUUGUCCAUGUUGGUAAAGACCCACUUUCUAAAAACUACAAGCGUGGCAGUGUCGGUGCGCUCAACAACAAUGCCGCCGACUACCAACUCUACCAUAUUCGCGGUACCACCGACUGGAACACUCGUGCCAUUCAGACCAAGACAUCUCCCCACUCCCUCAACUCGUACAACACGUUUAUCUUGACAUCUGCCGACCGUUCGACCGUCUAUGUGUGGAACGGACGACUAUCGAGUGCCAACGAAAAGACCUUUGCCAAAAACAUUGUAAAGACAUUGCAGAUCAACCCUCAAAUGAAGCUUGUCGAGAUUGCCGAGGGCAAGGAGCCCAAGGAGUUCUGGACGGCCAUUGGAGGGUCGGCCACCGACUCGUCACAAAACGUACAUAUCUGGCCAGCUACAAUGCAGACACGAACCGAAGCACGUCUCUACUCUUGUUCAAUUGGCAGUGGUGUGUUUGUAGUUGAGGAAGUCAACUCGUUUGCCCAAGACGAUCUCCUCACCGAGGAUGUCUAUAUUGUCGACGGUGUUGAUCACGUGUGGGUAUGGAUUGGCCACGAAACCACAGAGAUGGAGAGAAAAAUGUCGAUGGAGGUGUCGGUAGAGUAUGCCGAGGCCCGAUCAAAACAAUUGGGUCUCUCUGCACCCUUACCAUCCUAUAUCACCUAUUCUGGAAAGGAGCCAUAUAUUUUCACCUCUAUUUUCCACGGAUGGGAUUUCGCCAAACGCAAAGAAAAGCUCUCCUACGACCAAGACAUUGUCCGUACCGAUGCCAUCUUGCAACUGUACACCAAGAAAUACACCUAUGACGAACUCAUUAACCGUCAGUUCCCAAAGGGUAUAGAUACAUCCCGUCUCGAAGACUACAUGGAAGAAGAUGAAUUUAUUAGAAUCUUCCAAAUGUCACCAGACACUUUUAAGAAAUUACCAUUAUGGAUUAAACAAUCAAAGAAAAAAGAAUUACAACUCUACUAA